AUGGGUCAAGGUGAAGUAUCCGAUGCUUUUUUACAACAAGUAUUCAAAAAGGUAGAUGCUGAUGGAUCAGGUUCAAUAACAUCCAAUGAAUUACAAUCAGCUCUUUCAAAUGGUACCUGGAGUCCAUUUAAUCCUGAAACUGUUCGAAUGAUGAUAGGAAUGUUUGACAAGGAUUCAUCAUCAACGAUUGAUUUUAAUGAAUUUAAAUCUUUAUGGCAAUUUAUUACACAAUGGGAAAAGGUAUUUCGUGGUUUUGAUGAAGAUAAAAGUGGUUCGAUUGAUAAAGAUGAAUUUCGAAAAGCAUUAGCUUCAUUUGGUAAUACACGUAUGUUUGAUCAAGAUGGAUCAUCCACUAUUGAUUACCAAGAAUUUCGUGCACUUUGGCGAUAUGUUACUGAAUGGGAAAAAUGUUUCAGAAAAUACGAUUUAGAUGGUAGUGGUACAAUUGAUAAACACGAGCUUAAAACAGCAUUAAGCUCGUUUGGUUAUCGUCUUUCGGAUCGUUUCUAUGAUUUAUUAAUUCGAAAAUUUGAUCGAACUGGUCGUGGUACAGUUGCAUUUGAUGAUUUUAUUCAAGCUUGUGUAUCUAUUCAAACAUUAACAAAUGCUUUUCGUCAAUAUGAUCGUUUACAAAAUGGACAAAUAACAAUAAAUUAUGAAGAAUUUUUAUCGCUUGUCUUCUCACUUAAAAUGCAACUCAAUCCAAAUUAA